UUUGCCGAAGCCUGAAAGUGAAUGACAGCUCAUCCAUCCUCCGCUUUAACGGAGCGCGUGAGGGGCAUCAGGCAGGAUUACCCACACGAAAACUUUUACGGAAUCACAAUGAAUUGGAACCGCGCGUCCCAACCCACCCAGAGACUCGCCGCUUCUUGUAUUUCAUUAUUAUUCGUUCAUUUUGCGCACGCGAAUGCGCCCAGAUGUCGGCGGCUAUACUUGAACUAGUUUAAUAUGCGGUCAAAAGCGAACUAAGGAACACAGAAGAUGGUCCUGAGGAGGCUGUUUCGCGCGCUGCCCGUCUUCGCCUUGACUCUUUUUAUCCUGGUUUUGCUGGAUUUGCAACUGCGCACCCGGAGUGACCAAAAACCCACCGCGCCUUUUGCGCACGAAAAGACACCGCAGUCUAUGCCGAGGACUACGGCUGCGAACCGACGCGGAGAUGUUGUCGAUGACAAGCAAAGGCCAAAACGUCAGAAAUGGAGGAGGUGAAGCCGCAGCCACGUUUAGGACUCGCUGACAUCUUCAUUGCGGUGAAGACCACCGGCCGGUUCCACAAGACCCGCCUCGCUCUUCUCCUGGAGACCUGGAUCUCCACGACCAAACACCACACGUACAUCUUCACAGACAGUCCAGAUGAAGACAUCUCUUCUGAAGGAUUUAACAUCGUCGUCACCGACUGCCCGCCAGAACACAGUCAUCAAGCUCUAUCCUGCAAAAUGGCUGCCGAGUACGACCACUUCAUGGCUUCUGAUAAAAAGUGGUUGUGUCAUGUUGAUGAUGAUAACUACUUGAACCCUGGAGCCCUUCUGUCUCUCCUGACAGCUUUUCCAGCUUACAGUGAUAUCUAUGUGGGAAAACCAAGCCUGGAUCGCCCAAUGAGAGCCCAGGAGCUGCUGGCAGCAAAUAAGACGAGGGACGUCCAUUUCUGGUUCGCUACAGGAGGGGCUGGUUUCUGUCUGAGCAGGAAGCUGGCAGAGAAGAUGGCGCCCUGGGCAAGCGGUCCCAGGUUCGAGCAGACCUCCGCCGUGAUUAUGUUACCUGAUGACUGCACGGUGGGCUUCAUAGUCGAGAGGCGUCUGGGAAUCUCAAUGGUCCACAGCAACAUGUUCCACUCUCAUCUGGAAAACCUACUUCUGCUUGCCCCUAGCGAUAUCCCAAAACAGGUGACUCUCAGCUACGGAUGGUUCGAGGACAAAAUGAACAGUGUUGAGCUAAAAGGAGUUUUUACCAAAGAUGAAGAUCCGUCCAGGUUCAGGACAGUCCAUUGUCUUCUGUACCCUACAUCAAGUUGGUGCCCUGUACCGCUCAAAAACGCAUUGUGAUGGAAUCAUGUUCUUACAUGAUAAAAGGACAAUAAUCAUGUAUAAUGUAAGCAUUUCAAUGCAUUGUGUCCUUACAAAACAUUUUUGUUUUGUAAAGUCCAAGGAGCCAGCCAAAGCCGAAAGCACUGCAUGUUGGUCAAAAGAGGAAACUAAGAAACCUCAACCUUUAACUGAGCCAUCAUUGUUAUUAAAAUUGGAAGUGUAACUUCUGUCUACACGCUGCACAUUUCAGUUAAUACAUGAUCAUCUGAAUACUUAAUAUAUUUGUGAUUAUUAAAUAACGCAUCUGUCAAUGCACUGUAAUUGCAAUGCAAUGUAAUUGAUACGUAUGUUUUGGAAAUUUUCAAAUCAAAAGAUUUCAAAGCAGGGUAAUCGAAUUUCUUUCUUUCUAUUAUCACUCGUAUUCUUGUAUUUGCACUGAACGCGUUUUAAUCGCUGUAAUAUUUUUGUACUGUAAGAUUUAUAUGAAGCACUUAAGUUGGAUAUCCAAUAAAAUAUGUUUUGAAAUACA